GGCGCUCACCUGCGAUGGCGGCGGGGCGGCUCCUCCCGCUGCUGCUGCUGCUCCUGGGGGGCCCGGGGGGCUCCGCGCGCGACCCCCCGAGCGGCCCCGCCGCCCUCGCCGCCCGGUGCCGGUUACCGGCGCUCACCGGCCGCUGCCGCGCCUCCAUCCCGCGCUGGUUUUUCAACGCCUCCUCCGGGAGCUGCGAGAGUUUCGUGUUCGGCGGCUGCGGCGGCAACGGGAACAACUUCGGGAGCGAGCGGGAGUGCCGGGAGAGCUGCGGGGACACAGCGGGCACCGCUCCCUCCAGCGCCGUCACCACCAAUUCCACCUUGGCAGACCCGUGCUCGGCCCCGCCGGUGACGGGUCCGUGCCGCGCCGCGUUUCCCCGCUGGUUUUACGUCCCCGCAGAGAAAUCCUGCCGGGAAUUCACCUACGGCGGCUGCCGGGGCAACGCCAACAACCACCGGGACGAGCGCGAGUGCCUGCGCCGCUGCCGGCCCCAGGGCGAUUUCAGCGACGAAUUCCGGAGAUUCUUCUCCUCCAAAGGGCUGGCCCUGGUGGCCCUGCUGGCGCUGCUGGCCCUGGUGGCCGCGGGGCUGAGCGUGGCCCGGAGCCGCUGCCGGGCGAAGCCGCGAGCGCCGGGAGCCGCCGGGGGCGACGACCGCGAGUGCCUCAUGAAGGAGCCCUACCCGGCCUGAGAGCCCCCAAAAAACCCCGAAAUCACCCCAAAAAUAGCCCAGAAAAUCCGCAAGAACAGCCCCAAAACCCCCUCCCCAGAGCCGCUGCUGAGAAUCAUCCGUGCGCCGAUUUUUGGUGAUUUUUGUAGGGAAUAAAUGGAAUUUUGGGGGAAAGGGUGGGUGGGGAAGAAAAACCCUAAAAAACCCAAAAAAUCCCAAAUAAUCCCCCAAAAAAUCAACAAAUAUUCUCCCCAGAAAAAUCCCAAAUCACCCCAAAAAUAGCCCAGAAAAUCGCAAGAACAGCCCCAAAACCCCCUCCCUGAGCUGCUCUUGAGAAUCAUCCGUGCGCCGAUUUUUGGUGAUUUUUGUAGGGAAUAAAUGGAAUUUUGGGGGAAAGGGGUGGGUGGGGAUUCAGGGCCCAAAAAAACCUCAAAAAAAAAUUUCAAAAAAAAUGCAAAAAAAAUCCAUAAAAAAUCAAUGGAAAAUUUUUAAAAAUCCACAAAAAAUUAAAAAAAAAUCCUCCAAAAAAAUCCACAAAACCAGCCCCAGGUACCCUCCUAGCUGCCUGUUCCUGACACUGAUUUUUAGUGAUUUUUGUA